AUGUCAGCCGCACCAAUCGCCUCUACCUCCUCCGCCAUCGAUCCAGCGGAAGCCAGUACCUCCAGAUCCGCGCUUGGAAAGCGGAAACGCCUCCCAGCAUGCGACUGCUGCAAGAUGCGGCGUUUGAAGUGUGAGCCGGUCCCGCCUCCUGGGAGCUGUCCGAGGUGUAAGGCGACGGGCGUGGUGUGCACGACGACGCCGACGGUCAGGAAGAAGGCGGCUGGACGGACGGGGAAGAGGAUUGAGGAGGCUAAGGCGACAUUCGGCACGGCAGAUCCCGACGCGCCCGACUUUAUGGGCGCAUCAAACACGCCUUGGCUUCCGCUGCCCCAAAGUGGCUCCCUACCGACCUCCGUCCAGCCCCCGUCGCUCUCGAACGAGUCGACUGAGAACCAGCUAUCGAAGCAGGAGAUAAGCAGCGCGCUCAUCUCGCAUCUCCUUGAGUUAUAUCAAGCCCUACCGCAGUCCUGGCUGCCCAUCGGCGUACGAGGGAAGGUGUUCUCGCAAUUCGAGGCGGCUGGCCGCCAACUCGAUGCACUGAGUCCUGAUACCGAGGUCCUCGCUCGCGUUACGAUCGCCCUGACCUCCCGCCUCUCCUCCCAUCCCGCUCUCUUCGGCCCCGGCUCUCCCGUCCCGGCCUACGAAACCCUCACGACCUCGUACCUCGAAUCGCAUCCCGAUCUGCGACAGUACGGCAAGCGGCGACAAGCGGUCUGCGAGCAGUUGCGGCGAGAGGCGGUCGAGCUUGCUUGGCGGAGAGGGACGCUGGCUGUUACAAGCGAGGAGAACAUGGCGAGCUGCUACCUGCUCGAGCUGCUGGAAGGAAGAAACGAUCCAGUUGCCGGCAAGCCCUACGGCAGCGCAUUCGUCUCGCACCUCCAGACCAUCCUCAACGGUCAGGACGCUCCCGGCGCGACGAUGAAGAUUGUCAACAUGUCGCUUGCAUGGAGCGCGCUAAUCAUGCGAGAAGCCCUCCAAGCCGCGAACGCCGGCCGCACCUCGCACUUCACCGCGACAGAUGACCUCAUUCUCUGCGGCGAAGUCCCACGCUCGAUCGAGGAAACGCUGCUCGAGUCGGUCGAGGACGUGGACGUGCGAGACUCGGUUCGGCUGUUCUUUGCGCCUAUGCGGCCUUACACAUAUCAUUGCGCUCGACUGGCGCGGGAGUGCGGCGAGAAGAUCACUGGCACCGCCGCCCGACGCCAGCCAUUCUCGGAGCAGUACCUCGCCAAGUACCUGACGCAGCUCGACCACCUCCUCCACCUUUUCGCCCUUCUCGAGUCCCGCAUCGCCUUCGUCCUCUCGCCCGCUGCAACUUCCGCCCACUCCCUUCCCGCACCUUUCGAGACCGAGCGGCAGUUCAUCAUGCGAGCGUGCCUGCACACGCUCGGUCUCGCAUGGUCGUCGCUCUCUCUCCCCGUCCACCUCGAGCUGAACCGUCGCAUUGCCGAAUUGCGCGAUCCACCGCCGGACCACCAAUCGGCUUCGCACCUCCAGCCCAGCCGGAAACGGACGCUUGAGCGCCUUGAGCUGCUCAGGAAGCAGGUCGAGCAGGUUACGCUCAAGGCUGCGCGGAUGGUCGCCCAGUGUGUGCACGAGGCGCCGAGUUUGGCGUUCCUCGUACAGCUGUCGGGCGAGAACUUGGACAAGUGGGUCAAGGUCCUUGUUGACGCGAAGACCGUGGAGGAGGGUGGAGCAGGCAUCACGAAGGAGGAGAGGGAGCAGGACUUGCGCUGGAUCCUGCAAGGGCUGAAGACGAUGGGUUGGUCUUGGACGGACCUCGAGGGUCUGACGUCCACGAUUGAGGAGGCGCUUGGCGGUGCUACGCUCGAGGACGCGCCGCAGGAGGAGGCGGACCCGGCCAGCCCGCAGCUGUUGCCGGAGACGACGAUGUCCGACUUUGCGAAUGGCAUGUUCGCUACUGCACCAUCCGCAGCAUCCGCAUUCGACUUCGCCUCGCACGCACAAGCACAGGCGUCGACUUCGGCCGCCCAGCCUCCUCCGCCUGCACAGCCGGCUUUCGCCUCAACGUCGAACGCACCCGCCGCGCCACUUCCCGACCUCUCUACGCUUGAGUCGCUCUUCGGCAGCGCACCCGCACCCGCCGACCCGCCUCCCGGCCUGCCCGACCUCUCGACCCUCAUCUCGCUGUACUCGUCCGGCGCGCUCAACCCGAUUCUGACUACGCUCAGCGGCACGAUGGACGUCAACACGCUCGCGUCGCAGUACUUCGCCGGGACGCUUAACGUCAAUGCGUUGCUGGGCACGCUCGGAGGCGGAACGGCCGGGAUGGGCGAGGCAGCGAGCGCUUCUCCCGCGCCCUCCGGCGCUGGCGCUGGAGACGGAUCGAUGGCCGAGUUUGACCUGGCCGCCUUCUUGGCUGAGCCGGCGUUUGGGAUGCCCAGUCCCGGAGGAUUUGGGGGCGGAGGAGCGGGGGGAUCAGGCGAAGCGGGCGGUACUUCAGGUUGA